UACGCAACAUAAACGUCAUCAGUAUGCGACAACACACCAGCAUUGCCGAAUGACCUUUAUUUGGAAAUAUCUAGAAAAUGCAUGUUUGUUUCAGAAUAUGAUCUCUUCAAAGACUGUUUUCAAGAAAUCGCACGUAUUUUGUCUUAAUUAGGUUUACAGAAAUGUUUCGUAUAUCAGUUGCAGUGUGUGGUAGAGGCAUUUCUAAAAUGUUCGCUUCAUCUUUCUCUGGUGAGAACGCUCUACCCUCAAAUUUACGCAUCCCUUCCAAUCUCGUGGACCGUGCAAGAGCAAAGAGGCCCCCUCCUCCAUCAGACUCCAGUCUUCCUGUGUUGAGGAGGUGUGAUGCUGCCGUCCCUGUACACCUGAGCCCAGUACAGACAUGGGUGGAGACGUUGGAGAGGCGGGACAGUCAACUUUUGGGUUUGGUUGACCUCCAUCCCGAUGUCUUUGCAGUCCCUACCAGGAUUGACAUACUCCAUGAAGUUGAACUCUGGCAGAGAAAUUUCAAGAGAAUUAGCCAUGCCCACACUAAGGUCAGAUCGGAGGUGAGCGGUGGAGGAAGGAAACCUUGGAGACAGAAGGGAAGUGGCAAAGCACGACAUGGAAGCAUCAGGUCGCCUAUAUGGAGAGGAGGUGGUGUUUCUCAUGGACCCAGAGGACCAACUAGUUUUUACUACAUGUUACCCAUGAAAGUACGUGUUCAAGGACUAAAAAUUGCCCUCAGUUCCAAACUGGCCCAGGAUUAUCUCCAUGUGGUUGACACUCUAAACAUCCCCACACCUGACCCACAGUACCUCAUGGACCUCAUCAGAUACCGACACUGGGGGGAGUCUGUUUUGAUAGUGGAUGCGGGCGAAGAGCUUCCUGAGAACAUCCUUCAGGCCACUGAGAGCUUGAAGACUGUGAAUGUCAUUCCAGCCAUAGGCCUGAACGUUCAUAGCAUGCUAAAACACGAGGUCUUGGUCCUCACCCUGGAAGCAGUGAAGUUUCUGGAAAACAAGCUGCUUUGGCACGACGAACGCUUCACACCGCUGUACCCCUUCAAACUCCCCUACACUGACCUGCCUUGAAGGCACUGGGUGAAGGAAUACCGUCGUGUAACAUAUUCAAUGAUACAAAUGUUUGUCAUGCCUUUUAAUAUGUUCAAUAAAAACAUGUGAAUUGAA